UCAAGCCUCCGCUACCUCCAAUUCAGCAGCGGCCUGCACCUUACCGGGCAAGCUCAAAAGCAGUGGCGCAUGCAGCAGCAGCAGAAGAGCCCAAACUAGAAACAGCCGCCACAUUGCUCGCAUAUCGUACGCCCAUCCUGGCCCCAAAUCUUGGUCCCUUGGAUAUACCGCGAGAAACGUCGACGGGGAGAGGCGGGAGGAAAUGGCUGCCAUAGCCAUGCAAUGCAGGGGCGGUGAGGGCGGCGACGCCGGCGAGGGCGGUGGUGGUAGUGGCAUGAGGACAGUGGAGUGCCUGAGAGGGAGGCUGCUUGCAGAGAGGGUAGCAUCCAAGGCUGCCAAGGAGGAGGCUGACUCCCUCACCAAAAGGCUGGACGAGCUGGAGAAGAUGCUCUCUGACGAGGUCAAGAUGAGGAACAAGGCGGAAAGGAGGCUCAGGAGGGCCAUAAAGAAGCUCGAGUCCCUCAAGAUUUUGGAUGUGGAGCUCUCGGACAGCUCUAUCGGAUCACUGUCCUCCAAUGGCUGCUCCGAUCACCGUGCUCCGGAGAUGGAGGCGGACAUGAACAACCCUGGGUCCUCGGCUGGUUCAUGCACUCAGGUGAACUCCCAGGAAGGGAGCUGGUGCUCUGUUGUGUCUGAGCAAUCACCGUCAGUUCAUUGCAAGGAGGAGAGCGGCUUGGACCCUGAAGACGCUAAGAACUGUGGCUCUGAGGAGCAUGCUGGCGACCAUGAUUCAGAGAGCAGGGAUGAUCAACCUGUUCACGUGCCAUCCGACGACGGGUCAUCGAAAUCCGGAGAUAGCCGCCGCGACGAGGACGACGACAGGCUUGCGCUGGUGCUGGUAGACCCGCAGCCAAGUGCAGAGGCAGGCGACUCGAGAGCAGGAGACGGAAACGAUAUGCAUAUGGAACUGGAAGCAGGGAAGUUUCAGGCCGAGGCCCGCGAGGGAGACGACGACGAAGUGGGGGAGGAGAACAACGAGCUCGCCAUCGUCCUCGUUGACCCACAGCCACAGCCCAGGUCGGAGGAGCCGGCGCCCGCGCCGCGCAACGACGUGCAGUCCGUGCUUCUCGCGCUGCGGCAGGUGAAGGAGCAGCUCAGGUACACGAUCGAGAGGCGGUCGGAGCUCGUCGCCCACCAGGAGCUGUUCGGCCACUGAGAGCUCUCAGUUUUUGAGCAGCGGGUCUUUACUAGCAGUAGUAUUUACUAGAGUUGAUAGUGAUAGUGGGAGUUAUUUGUAGAGAAAUAUUGGAAUAAGAUUUGCUCCUGUGGCUGCGUCGUUGUACAUUGGAGCCAAAGGAAGAUAAUUCCAGUUAUAAUGUAUAACUUGUUCCUUCAUUUUUCAUUUGUCUAUGCUGGCAUAUACGAUAUUCCGAUACGCCUGUCGAAAGGAUCACAUGGAUUUUUACUAUCCAUUGGGAAUUUGCCGUAUCUACGGAGCAUGGAACCACUGUU